AUGGCAAAGCUGAAAACUGGGGAAAAAUGCAUUGAAUUAUCCUCUAAAGUUUAUUGGCGAGUAAUCAAGAUUAUAACCACUCCAUCAAACAUUGGAAUUCGGUUUGGAAAUUUGUAUACCGAACAAAAUGUAGCCAUCAGUGGGACUCACACGCACGCUGGCCCUGGUGGUUACCUUCAAUAUGUGGUUUAUUCUGUGACCUCUCUGGGUUUUGUGGAACAAUCCUUUGAUGCCAUUGCUAAUGCCAUAGAACAAAGCAUUAUUCAAGCUCACAAUAACCUUAAGCCUGGUUCCAUUUUUAUGAAUAUAGGAGAUGUGAAGGACGCGGGUAUAAACAGGAGUCCGAGUGCAUAUCUGCAAAACCCUGCAGAGGAGAGAGCAAGAUAUCCCACUAAUGUUGACACACAAAUGACCCUUUUGAGGUUUAUGGAUGGAGCAAGUGGUAAAAGUAUUGGAGCAUUUAGCUGGUUUGCAACACAUGGUACCUCUAUGAGCAGAGACAACAAGCUAAUUAGCGGAGAUAACAAGGGUGUUGCUGCAAGACUUUUUGAGGAUUGGUUUGCUUCUCAAAAUAAAUCUUCAUCCUCAAACACCAAUUCCACAGAACCAGGUAUCAAAAACUUUAGGGGUAAUUACAUUUACUUCUCUUAAAGUUGAUGCUAAUUAGGUUGACACUCCAUGUUUUUAAAAUUAUAGAAAACUUCCCUUCGCUACUUCUUCAUUUUUUUAAACAUU